AUGGACUCUCUUAUAGAAGCAAACACGAAAUUUUGCUUUGAUCUCUUCCAAGAGAUUACCAAAAAUGACUCCCAAAAAAAUAUAUUUUUCUGUCCUCUAAGCCUCUCAGCUGCCCUUGGCAUGGUCCGCCUGGGGGCUAGAAGUAACAGUGCACAUCAGAUCGAUGAGGUGCUCCACUUCAAUGAACUUUCUCAGAGUGAAAGCCAAGACCCUGACCCCUGUCGAAAAAGCACUAAAGAAGUGCCGCGGGAUAGCUCUCUGGAAGGACAGAAACAAAAGACAGAGGCUCGGGAUCAGCAGACCGAGUCCUCAAAUGAUGAGAAUGAAGUGCUUAGCUGCUACUUCGGGAAGCUUCUUGCCAAACUAGAUAGGACCAAAGCUUAUUACACUCUGAGUAUGGCCAACAGGCUCUAUGGAGAGCAGGAAUACCCAAUCUGCCCGGAAUACAUAGAUGGUGUAAUUCAGUUUUACCACACAACGAUUGAAAGUGUUGAUUUUCAGAAAGACACUGAACAGUCUAGACAAAAGAUUAACUUCUGGGUUGAAAGUCAAAGCCAAGGUAAAAUCAAGGAACUGUUCAGCAAGGAUACUAUCAGCAGUGCAACUGUGUUGGUCCUGGUGAAUGCUGUUUACUUCAAGGCCAAAUGGGAAAAAAGCUUUGACUGUGAAAAUACAGUUGAUGCACUUUUCUCUCUAAAUGAGAAUGAAAAGAAGACUGUAAAGAUGAUGAAUCAGAAGGGUCGGUUUCCAAUUGGCUUCAUUGAGGAGCUGCAGGCGCAGAUCCUGGAAAUGAAGUAUACUUUGGGGAAACUCAGCAUGUUCAUCCUGCUGCCACCUUGGUCUGAUGACAAUAUGAAGGGCCUUCAAGAGCUUGAAAGAAAUAUAAACUAUGAAAAAAUGGUGGCCUGGAGUAGCUCAGAAAACAUGUCAGAACAAGAAGUAGCUGUCUCCUUCCCCCAGUUCACCAUGGAAGACAGCUAUGAUCUUAAUUCUAUUCUGCAAGACAUGGGUAUUACGGAUAUCUUCAAUGAGAUGAAGGCUGAUCUUACUGGAAUCUCUCCAGACCCGAAUCUGUAUCUGUCCAAAAUUAUCCACAAGACCUUUGUGGAGGUGGAUGAAAUUGGCACACAGGCAGCUGCAGCCAGCGGGGCUGUUGGCCUGACAAGAUCACAGCCAUCUUGGAUAGAGUUUAAUGCCAACCGCCCUUUUCUCUUCUUCAUUAGACACAACAAAACCCAAACGAUUCUUUUCUACGGUAGAGUCUGCUCUCCUUGA